AUGCAGAAUCACAGGCUGAAGCAGCAGCAGCAGCAACAACAAGCUCUGAUGCAGCAAGCUCUUCUCCAACAACAGUCUCUCUACCACCCUGGCCUUCUUGCUCCUCCUCAGAUUGAACCAAUUCCAAGUGGAAAUCUGCCUCCUGGUUUUGAUCCAAGUACUUGCCGCAGUGUGUAUGUCGGUAACAUCCAUACACAGGUAACUGAACCACUUUUGCAAGAAGUUUUUGCGGGUACUGGCCUAGUUGAAGGUUGUAAACUUAUCAGAAAGGAGAAGUCAUCCUAUGGAUUCAUUCAUUACUUUGAUCGAAGAUCUGCUGCUCUUGCCAUAUUAUCUCUCAAUGGAAGGCAUCUAUUUGGGCAGCCUAUAAAAGUUAAUUGGGCAUAUGCUAGUGGUCAGCGAGAGGAUACAUCAGGACACUACAACAUAUUUGUCGGUGAUCUAAGUCCUGAGGUUACCGAUGCUACCUUGUUUGCAUGCUUCUCUGUCUACCCCAGUUGUUCAGAUGCAAGGGUAAUGUGGGAUCAGAAGACUGGGCGUUCAAGGGGAUUUGGAUUUGUUUCAUUCCGCAAUCAACAGGAUGCACAAAGUGCUAUAAAUGAUUUGACUGGUAAAUGGCUUGGAAGUAGACAAAUACGCUGUAACUGGGCAACAAAAGGUGCUGGUGGUAUUGAAGAGAAGCAAAACUCAGAUUCAAAGAGUGUGGUGGAACUAACAAAUGGCUCAUCUGAAGACGGCAAAGAGGCAUCUAACAGUGAUGCUCCUGAGAACAAUCCUCAGUAUACCACGGUUUAUGUGGGUAACCUUGCUUCAGAGGUAACUCAACUUGAUCUCCAUCGCCACUUUCACUCUCUUGGGGCUGGAGUUAUAGAGGAGGUACGUGUCCAGCGUGAUAAAGGGUUCGGUUUUGUGAGGUACAGUACUCAUGCUGAAGCAGCUCUAGCUAUUCAGAUGGGGAAUGCCCAGUCUCUUCUUCUUGGAAAACAAAUUAAGUGCUCUUGGGGCAGCAAGCCGACUCCACCUGGAACUGCUUCAAAUCCCCUGCCCCCACCUGCUGCUGCAUCUUUACCUGGCCUGUCUGCAACUGAUAUUUUGGCGUAUGAGCGACAACUAGCAAUGAGUAAGAUGGGGGGCGUCCAUGCCUUGAUGCAUCCCCAAGGGCAACAUCCUCUUAAACAGGCAGCAGCUAUUGGAGCCAGCCAGGCAAUAUAUGAUGGUGGGUUCCAGAAUGUUGCAGCUGCACAGCAAAUGAUGUACUACCAGUAA